CGGCUGGCCGACCUGGGCUACAAGGCCUUCUCCGGCUCCAUGAUGGUGCUGACCGUGUUCGCCAGCGCCCUGUGCAGCGUCCGCGUCUACCGCAUGCUCCGGCACCGCAAGGCCCGGCAGGAGGCUGGGGACAGCCUGGAGCCUGCCCAAAACUGACUCCUGCUGCGGGGGGGGGCACCUGCCUCGUUCCUCUGCUGGGGGAUGCAAAGGUCCCUGGGCUGGAAACAGGAGCUCCUGGUGCGAAGGGGCUGCCCGCCCCGCUAUGAUUUAUUAAAAACCAUGGAUUUGGGUUAACUACAACACGCUGAUCUGGUUUCUGCAAGCAGUGAAACGCGCUGGCUCUCACGCUCUGUAAGUCUUAGGGAGAUAAAAUAGGAGCCCACACACCGAGCACUUUCUGAAGCUCUUUUUAAUCAGAUAAAGAGUAAACAAUGGUAAAAAACGGUAACAACUCAAGAAAUUUCCAAAGUCGUCGUCAUGAUUUCAACGCUUGAGUCUCUUCCAUUGCCCCAAAGUACCAUUGAAUUAAAAAGAAGCAAUGCCUGUGGCGUGGCUGCCUUUCCAGCCCACCGGUUCCUCUGUGCAGGGCUCUGAAACCAGGGCAGCAACAAAUUUGCUUUUUCCUGGAAAAAAUACACGCACAGGCAGGCUUGCGACUUCUGCCCCCGUGGAAAGGUAAUGGAGCCCAACAGCACUGGUCUGUCUGUGACUCGUGUCCUUAGAAAUCUGGCCAGUUUUAUCCUGAAACCCUUGUAAAAGCAUUCAGACCCUCAAGACUUGCUGGGAAGCAUGUACAACGUAGCUUUCUCAGGGGCAAAGAAAAAAAAAAGUUAUUCCAAAACAUUGUAAAUAAGACUUUAGAGGGACAACUGAGCACCAAAAUAGGCAGCAAAUGCCAACUUGGUCCCUCUUGACAGCAGAGGUUACAAGCAAUAACCGCUUUAGCAACUUAGAUCGUGCCUUCGUCCAUCGGGUUGUAACACAAUCGAAUUCAACGCUUCGCUGUAGCACAGACCAGUCGUGAGAGGACUGGUACUCAGCUCCGACUGAAAGAGCUUCUGUGCUAGAGCCCAGGGCGUUAGAUCGUGGAGCAUCCGAGCAGUUUUAGAGCACAGUCUAAACGUAUUCUGGAGUGCAUCAAAAAAAAAAAAAA